ACAACUUAGCAGGGCUCCCGCUAGCCAGCGAGCUAGCAAGUAAACAAUGUUUACCAAGUACAAAUUAGGAAUUAUGGAGUAUGACUACAUAAGUUAGUACUAAAUUUUAGAGGUUAGAAUAGCAUCGACAAUGGACAUGCUCAAUAAACUGACGUCUCUCUUUCAACAAGCAUUAGAAACAAGGGAGCCUUCAGUAAAUUUACAGGACUCCUUUGUUGAUCAUUGGAAAGGGAUAACCAAUUACUACAUUGAAACCACCGACGAGUCAAAGCCGGUGAGACAGACGGACAUCCCAUGGCGGCUGAAGCAGAUGUUGGACAUUUUGGUAUACGAGGAGAGCCACCAGGAGGUGGAGGAGACUGGGCCCUGUAUGGAGUAUCUCCUACAACACAAAAUACUAGAAACCCUCUGCACCUUAGGCAAAGCCCAGUAUCCUCCAGGGAUGAGCCAGCAAGUCCUGGUUUUCUUCGCUAAAGUUCUCGCUCAAAUCCAAAAGCCAAUGCUUCAUAUAAUCAAUGUCUACCGGCCAGUCCAGAAACUGAUUCGUCUGUGCGGUCUCCCCGGUUCAGAGACGGAGAAAGAAGAGAGUCAGUUCCUCCACGUCGUUUGUUUGAGAGUGAAGAAAGACCCCUAUGUUCUUAAUUAUAUUUUAGAGAUUAGUAAGGAAGCUCUGUCCCACAUGUCUAGUUCUACCUCAGACGACGGAGUUGAUGACGAGACUGGUGGAGCUUCCAGUCCGUACGGCGUGCCUUCACCUCCCAGUUCCCAACCUUGUACAGUCCCCUCCCCCUGCAAUCAGAGAGUACCCCAUCCUGAUGCACCCCCACUGCCCCAGAACCCCUCAGCUUCACCAGCGUCACCUGCCACGCUUACCUCUCCAGACACGGGUCUCAUUCAGGUCCUCGUACACCUGAGCAAAAGCCAGAAAAGUAGAGUUUCUCUCAGAGCCAUGGAGAGUUUGGUGUUGCUGGCGAGUUUACCUCAGGAGGACACAGCUGUGCUGCUAGCCGAAGGGACUCCGCUGUGUCAUCUGCUGGCGCAGAGACUCUGUGAGCUGUACAGACUGCUCCCUCCUACACUGGAUCCCGCAGACAUACACAGCUUUCCAGUCAUGGAGUGGAGGACUCAGGUUGGUGCAGAGGAAAAGCCGUCAUUCACGGGCAGUGAACAGGUGGAGACGUUUUUCUCCUGGUUAGACUUCUGUGACCAGCUAAUCAAAGACUCACCAAAGAUUCUUGCUGCUAAACUAACCAAAGCUAUUCACCAGCAAUGGCUCAUGGGAAUUCUUCAACCCCAGCUGCUACAGAUGUCAGAGGCUGGGAUCCUGACUCACACGGCCCUGCUGUGUGGCUCGGUGCGUCAGAUUAACUCUCCUGCUCUGCUGGAGGAGCUGCUGCAGUUUCUGUUGGGCAGUGACACACAGGGUGAACAGUGCACGGACACGCACACGCACACGCUGCGCUACCACCUCAUAGAACGCUGUGACCACAUCUCAGAUGAGAUCAGCAUCUCUUCCCUGCGCCUGUUCGAGGAGCUUCUACGGAAACCCAGCCGCAACGUUCUGACCAAUCUGGUGCUUCGAAACCUGGAGCAGUGCUCCUAUAGGUUACCCGCUCCAGGGGGAGGGGACGAGAGACACGGGGUUGAGGCCGAUCCCUUGGACGAUUCAGUAGAGCUGGAGGAAGAUCCGUUCUUCACAGACAUGUACUCGGACCGUGAGUUCAGCGGUUCUGAAACUCUCCUCUCUCUGCCCGGUCCACAGAAAGAACCUCGGCCCAGUCCGCAGACUCAGGUCGCCGACGUCGUCAACAGUUUUCUGUGUUUGGUUCCUCAAGAGGCCAAAAGCUCCCAGCAUGUGCAGGGGGCGGGAUAUGACACCUACGUCCACGACGCUCACACACUGUAUAAAGAGUGUGCGGCCCUGUCUCUUGACUGGGGGUGGCCAGACAGCCCCAAACCUGUGGAGACAUCCUCCUCUCCUUCGAGCUUCUAUGAAGGUCAUUUUCUCAAAGUGCUGUUCGACAGGAUCGCACGCAUAUUAGAGCAGCCUUAUGAGCUGAACCUGCAGGUGACCUCGGUCUUGUCCAGACUGGCCGUGUUCCCUCAUCCUCUGCUCCAUGAAUAUCUGCUGAAUCCUUACAUCAGCCUUACCCCAGGGGCUCGCUCCCUCUUCUCCAUGCUCGUCAGGGUGAUUGGGGAGCUGAUGCAGAGGAUACAGCAUAUUCCAAACUUCACGGAGAAACUCGUCCAUGUGAGGAAACAGCUGAUGGGAUUGGAGGAGGAGACCAUGGUGGAUCACGUGACCCUUCUGAGGGGAGUCAUCGUACUGGAGGAGUUCUGUAAGGAGCUGGCGGCCAUUUCUUUUAUUAAACUCCCAAUGGAGGAACAAUACGCCUCACACGACUGAGCGAGGAGAGAAAAAAAAAGAAAGAAAGAAAGAAAGAAAGAAAGAAAGAAAGAAAGAAAGAAAGAAAAAACCUGGAGCCUGAAAAGACUGCAUCUUUAGGACAUUAUCUCUUCAACCAACUUUCCUCUGUUCACCUAGACUCGCACAGAUAUGUUCAGUUUUUUCUUUUUGUCUUU